AUGGCUAACCAUUCAGCUCCCAACGCCAGUAUUGUGCCUUUAACACCUGGGGCUGAUGGCCCAUGCGACACAAGCAUUCUUGCGUUCAUGUUGGUUGUUACAGCCGUGGUAUUUGUCUUUGGAGUACCUGGUAACUGUCUGAUCCUGCGUGUAUACUGGACCAAGGCACGUAAGACCAGCACGCACGUUCUGAUCAUGGCCUUGGCCUGGGCUGAUCUGUCCGUUUGCCUUAUCUUGCCAAUUGACAUUGCCGGAUCUGCUCUGGAAUGUGGAGGCAACGAUGAACUCAUUUUUUGGUUGUUGGUUAAGACAUUCGGGGGAAUAGGUGUGGCUGCUUCAUUUGGUAUCACCGCUGUGAUUGCUGCGGAUCGCUAUGACUGCAUAUGCCGGCCACAAAGGCGGUAUUGCACGCCAAGACGGGCCAAGGUAGCUGUUUUCGUUGUGGUGCUUAUCUCAAUUAUAUUAUAUAUUCCUAAAUGCGUCAACGAUUACAUAUACCAUCGGUCUGUGUUAAGCAUUGAACUAAUUGUGCCCAUUUCUGAAACCUUUGCUGUGUUAAUUGCACUUGUAACAAUUGUGCUGUGUUAUGGAAACGUUUACGUAGCAAUCUUAAGGCAUGUGAAAGUUGGUGCCACCCCUGAACGCACAUCAACGCAAGAUGAUCUGGUCGCUACCAAGAUCGACAAGGACCGAACAAUACCAUCGACACAAUCGGCUCUACCAAGGAAAAAUCAACUGAGUGCUAUCAAUAAUCAUAUGGAGAAAAGGGGAAACGGUUCGGACAGCAAUAGCAAAUGUUCGAAACAACUGCCAUCAGAUAUUCCGGUUAGAAUCGAAGCUAAUACGUCCAUUGUCGACAACGAGGUGUCGACAGUUAUCAAUCUGGCAAACACCAACUGUACGACUCAUCAUGCAUCUACUUCCGGGCGGGACAUUCUUGAAGUUCCCCAAAAUGCAAAUGGAAAUCUUGUGAAUCCUGCCAAGCGAGAUUCCAAAGCGGGACCGGAAAGCGUUUCCCAAGCAGUUUCAGAGCAAGACUGUAGUAAGGGCGGGGACAGGAACCACCAUGGAGAAACGAACACUCUGAGAAGACACGCCCCUAAAAGGAUGGGCGGCGCCGUCCUACAGCGUAAGACAACAAAAAUGCUCUUCAUUACCAGUGUGGUGUUCCUGCUGACGUGGCUACCAGAUCUGAUUGAUAAUGCUAUACACAUUGCUUAUUUGGCAGGUAGCAACAUAGACCCUGAAAGUACAUUUUACAUUAUGUGGAAAUGGCUUUCUUUCUUCAUAUUUAUCAACAAUGCCAUUAAUCCAUUGAUUUACGGACUGGCAAACAAACGAUUCAGGAAAGACUGCGUGGCAGUGUUUCGCAAAAUGAGACGCUAA